AAGGAAAAAAUUGUUGAUUGUUUAUCAUUUAUUCAUUAUGAUUAAAGUUUAAUUAAUUCGUUGUUUAGUUUUGUUUGUUUUUUUCUACGUUUUCAAUUGGAUUAAAUUUGUUAUUCUAAAUGUCAACCAAACGAUUUUAUUCUUUUCAAUAUGGGUAAUUCAGGUUCUAAUGUAAAUUCAUCAUCGAAUACAAAUCAACCUUCAUAUCGUUACACCCGAAUACAUGGAGAUUCAUCAGCUUGGUCACCUUUAGCUCAUCAAGCAAAUCCAAACAUUUCAUCAAAUAACAAUAAUUCUAAUAGUAAUAGUACUAAUAAUUGUAAUAUUAAUCAUAGAGAUAUAAGGGAGGGUAACAGUUCAUUAGAUAGAGGGAAUCGUCAACAUCACCAUCAUCACCAUCAGCAUCAUCAUCAUUCUCGCCAUUCUCAUUCACAUCAUCAUAAUAUUAAACAUUCAUCUCAUCAUUUUAAUAAUUUACCUUCAUCUUCAUCUUCUUCUAUUCCAUCUUCAUCUAACCUGAAUGUUGCAUCAUCUAUUACAGGAAAUUGUGCUCCUUCAUCUGUUUCCUCUUCGAUUAUUGGCUCUUCCAGCUUGGGGACAACAACAGCAACUGUAACAUCAGCAACAAGCUCAAGAUUAGCCAAUGAUGGCGGUGGAAAUAUUGUUGUUAAAAAGCGUCGGAAUCUUGCCUCAUUUGCUACGUUAAGGAAAAAGUUAGGAUGUAAAGCAAGACGAACCUCUAAAAGUUUUGACCAUUCUCAGAUCAUUAAGAAUUUCAUUUCAACUUGGAGCACUCGAGAUAUUGCUCAAUUAAUUCACGAAUAUGGAAUCACCAAUUUACUUAAAGAUCUACAUAUUCUGGCUGAAUUGGCUCGACCAUCAGCAUCAACGGUUGCUCAAGAUUUAACUGAUCUAUUUGAUUGUAAUUACGUUGCCGAUGCUUACCUGUUAUUCAAAGGGCACACCUUUCCCGUUCAUAAGGCCAUUGUUUGUGUUCGUUGUCCACUUUUUCGAGAAUUGCUUGGUAAAAUAAAUGAUUUCGGUGCCCAAAUUCCGGUCAAUUUAGACGUUCCUGGUUUACGGCCUGACUUUUUUAUGGACCUUUUAAGAUACCUUUAUUCUGGUGAAUUUUAUCCAUCCUAUUCAUCAGCAAAUUCACUACCAUCUUCAACCUAUGAUUCCAUCUUAAUGAAAUUAAGUGAUCAAGCUCCAAAUAGUUUAGAACACGAUUUAAAACAUCUUCUUGAAACUGGCCUCUAUUCUGAUGCUAUUCUAGUUUUCACCUCAUCCAGUGUUCAACCAAUUUUACCUUCAUCCAAUGAAAUCAAUUCCAUACUUUCUCCUGGUACAUCAACAUCUAAUUCAAUGUUAACUGGUCACAAUAGUAUCAACAAUCUUCAUGGUUAUGUUAAUGUUGGUUCAGUGAAAAAGUGUAAAAACUGUUCAGAUCAAUCAGAAUUUUCUUGUCAUUGUGCUAUCCUUGCUUCUAGAUCAACUUUCUUUCGUAAUGUGAUAUCCCGACAUCAGAAGCGUUUCACCGAUGCGCUAACCGAAGCUGGUGCCACUUCAAUCAAUUUAGCCAAUUCAAAAAUUCGAAUUGUAAUUGAUGAGACAAUAAUUCCUCGUCGAUUUGCUCGAAUCCUUCUUCAUUGUAUUUAUCGAGAUUCAACCGAUUUAUCUAAUCUUUUACCCGGUUGUGUUUGCCAAUGUACUCAUUUCAAUGAUUUGGGUCAAUCAUCUAGACUUUCAUCGAGUUCUUCCUCCUCAUCAUCGCCAUCUUAUAUAAAGGAAAUCAUGGAGCUUUAUGAAAUUGGUCGAUUUUUGGAAUUAGAUUCACUGAUACAAGCAUGUGAAGAUAUGCUGGUCGAUUCGCUGUCGAUAGAUAAUUUAAUUACUAUAUUAAAAUGGAGUGAACAACCUCACGGAUCUAUUUGGGUUAAACGUCAAUCUCUCUACUUCCUACGUGAAGAGUUUUCUCUGAUUGUUUCAUCAUCAAUACUUUACCAAUUAGAUUUAAAUCAUUUGAAAGAUGCAAUUUCUUCCGAUUAUCUUCAAGCAAGUGAACUUGAAGUGCUACAAGCGGUAAUCAAAUGGGGUGAAGAUAAGCUAUUCAAACGAAUGGAAGAACGAGAACCAAAUGUGAUUAGUCAAACAGCUCAUAGUCUUCGACAUGGACUUCGUCGGAAAGAAUUGAAUGAUGAUGAACUUCGAGAUAUAAUCUCUGAAUUGAUGCCUUACGUUCGCAUUGGUCACAUACUUCCAUCUGAUAGUGAGACUCUUACGAAUUCAAUUAAAAGAGGGCUAAUCAGUACACUGCCACCCUACAUGUUAGAAGAGGACAGUAUCACUCCCCAUCCUCGUGGUGUUUCAUGUUGGAUUCGUGAGCGAUCUCAAGGUUCAUUUGUUAAACCUCGAUAUUUUACUCCAUACGUUGAGGAAGCUCGAAGUUAUCUUGAAACACGAUUAGCGCGUACAAAUGAAUCCAAUUCUAUCAACAUGCGUGUACCUCUUCCAAAGGCUUCUUCAUCGUCUUUAUCAUCUUCAUCAUCCAUUUCUACUCCUCUACCAGCUCCUCCUGAUGCUCUUUACAUGACAACAACAACAACAACAACUAGUACAGACUCUGGGAUGGACAUUGUUCCAAUUGAUAGUAAUCAAAAUUCAUAUGCAACUUACGAUAAUCCAUCUAAUUGUCAAGAAAUUUACUCUCAUCUAAAUCAAUUACCUGUCAUUGAGGAAAGAAUUUUACUUUUAAUGAAACAACGUGUCGAAGAACUUGAACGAUAUUUAUCAAGUUCACGUAAUUUAAGUAUAAUACCAAAUAAGAAUCAAGUGAUCAAUUAUAUCCAAUUAAGAGUUGUCCGUGAAUUUGGUCUUCCCGAUGGGGCAGUUGAAGUUCUUGACACAUCAAACAGCGCUUCUUAUGUUUCCUACUCCAUGUCGGAAGCUUCAGCAUCUUCUUCAUCUAGUAAAAUGGGCUCAUCCAUUUACAGUGAAUUAAAUAAACACAGUCUUCCCUCAACUCAGCCCAUUCAUCCGUCUUCCCUUUACGGAAGUACUUCCGGUAUAUUAGGAUCGGACAAAGAUGUUUAUGGUUAUACUCAAGAUCUCACCUAUGAUACAGCUUCUGAUUACUACGCUCCUCUAAGUGAAUCAUAUUUAAGCAAUUACAGUUUGAAUUCUGAGAAUCUCGUUGCUCCAGUCCAUCAAUUGAGUGAUGUAACUCCCGAUAUCGCGAUGACAACCAAUGCAUUUGCUGAUCUCCAUUUAAUGAGAAAAUCAACUGAAUCUCUUACAUGCCAACCGAAUAUCCCUCCAAGACGACGUACAAGAUCAGGUCGCGAUUGGAGAUCUGAUGUUAAAUCAUGAGAAGCCAAAAAACAAACAAUUAACUGAUUAUCCAAUAUUUUCCGCUUUCUUUUUUUCUAAAUUGCUUCAUCAACCUUUUCUUAUUUUGAAGCAACAAUCAACCAACAAUGUAAAAACAAUUCACUAGGAGAUUAAUCAAUUUUGAUUCCUUGUUGUUUUCAUCUUACAUACUCAGUCUCUCUCCCUUUAAUCAAUCUAAUCAUAAACAAUAAUUAACUUCAACUUUUAAUUUAAAUCAUUUGAUGACAACAAAAUUGGCAUGAUUGAUAAUUAAUACAAUUUGUGUGUAUACAAAUUUCCAACACAACAUUUCAUCCAAUUGUAAAACUAUAAUAACAAUUUGUUGCUCAGAUUUUAAUUAGCAUGUAAACAAUUGAUUCCUAAUUGUAUUUUAAUUGUUUUCUUUUCCUCCUACUCUUUAAUUGCUAAUCAACUCUCUUGUUUUUCUCUCUCUAACUUUUUUUUUAAUUUCUUCAAUUUAAAUCCAUGUAAACAAAAAAGAUCACAACCUCUUUUCAUUAAUAACAAUUACGAUACAAAAAUUAACUAUCGAUCGUGUUAAUUGUAACAAUUAAAUCUAAUCACUUAAAUCAA